AUGGCAAUCAACAAAAAAAAAAUUUUUUUCCUAACAUCAUUUUUCUUGAUUUACAUCAAUCAUGGCGCCGUCCAAGCCACAACACCACCUACUGAUGUGUCAUGCCCAGCCCCUGGAACAAUAAAUGUUAACGUCAGUGACGGAACUAUAAACAGUGUUCUGGUGGAAUGCGAAUACAAAGGAAACCACACCGUGAGAACAAUACCGAAAAAUGGUACCAUCGGCAGUAUACUUGUUACUAACUGCACCAUAAAUAAAUCGGUUAAACUUGUCCUUUUCAAAGACAACCAUGCUUUGUCACUCGGAGCGGUUAUAAUUGGGGAAAAAUCGCAUAUAGUGAAAGAGAUCAUCGUCGUUUGUAACGGAUCACACAUGACGGUCAACCAAAAUUUUACCAAUUCCGUUCUCGCUCCAAAGGCACAUUGGUCAUGA